AUGGAGAAUAGGAAAUUUUGCACUGAAAUAGUUAGCCACAGUACAGCUAAUGAUUAUACUCCUGAUUGUGAGUCUUUCAACAAUAUGAAACCUACAAAUUAUUUUAAGGAAGAAGAGGAUAGAUAUGGAAAAAGUAAAAUAAGAUAUAAUAAAUAUUAUGUACAAAUCACAUUGAUUAUAGUAGUUAUAAUUAAUAUAAUUCUAAUGGGUCUUGUAGUAUUCACAGUCAUUUCAUUUGGCAGUAUGAAUUCAACUAGCUAUAAUGGUAAUUCUUUCCAAACUAAAAAUAGGGUAAAUAAUAAUGGGAGAUUAAGAUAUUAUCCAGACUCAAUAUCUAAUGUACCAAUGAAUAUAAAGAAAUCACCUAGUAUACUUCCACUUCACUUGUUAUAUAGUGCACCAUUAGAAUCUAUUGAAAAUGUAGAUGCAAUUGUUUUGGAAAUUCUAGAUAGAAAUAACUCAUUAAAUAAUUCUAAAAAAGUACAAUACCUUUUUCAUAUAGAAUCAGCAUCUAGAGAAGUCCCUUUAGAAGAAUAUGGAUCUAACAUUAACAGUUCAUCUCCUAUUAAUUUGAAGUUAAAUUUAACUGGUGGAAAAUCCUUAAUUUUGGGAAAGGACAAGGCAUUAUUAUAUGAAAAAAGUGGAAUAUUACUUCAUACAAUUACAUUUACAACAGAAAAUAAUGAUAUAUUAUUAGAAAAUAAUGAGUUAAAUAAUAAGUAUAAAGGAGAUAAUAAUAAAGAUAUACAAGUACGACAAUUAAUAUCUAGUAAUUCAUACAAAUCUUCAUCAUAUCACUCUCUAAAAACGCAAAGUGCAUAUAUGGCAGCAGUUUGUAAAUAUGGAUGUGGUGAAAUGGGAGUUACAUACCCAUAUUAUUAUCGUCCAUUUUUUGGAUAUGGUUUUCCAUUACUAGGAACAGAACCCUAUUUUCACAGUGGUUAUGGAGGAAAUAUUGAUACAGCUAUGAGUAAUAACAUGUUUAAUCCAGAAGCAACACAUCCACGACCACCUGGAUUGCAAGCUACACCUGAAUAUUCUCCAUUUACAAUAGUUGAUAAUCCAUAUAGUUAUCCCUAUUCAGUUGCUCCAGGUGGUGGAUAUUAUUAUUAUUAUCCUGCCCCUCAAAGUGAGACAGAAGAACUGGAAUUACAAGAAUAA